CUCGGUCACUACAGUCCACACGCCGCUGACACUUUCGUUCCUGUCCUGGGCGACCUCUGGCAAGGAUGCAGGUGCCAGUCCGCCUCCGCCCGCUCGUCCCGAGCGCCGUCGGAGGAGGAGGUGCGUUUUCGGCGGUUCUUGCGCAGUCCGUGCGUGAGCGGAGGGGGAGGACAUGUCGGAAGGUAAUCAGCUUCUCGUCGGCGGGAAAGGGUGGCGACGAGGCGGCGCGGCGCGAGACGCCGGAGGAGACGCGGAAGCGGCUGGAGGAGCUGGACGCGCUGCUGGAGGGGCUGGUCGAGCCCAAGAUGCGGCCACCGACGCCACCUCCUCCUCCGGAUCCGUACUUGGACCGAGCCAUGAUAACAGGGCGGGGAUCAACCGAUGAACUGCCAGAGAUCUCUCCAACAUAUCUGGCAUUCUCGACUCUUGGACUUGUCAUCCUCACCAUCUUCACCAACGUCAUGUUCAAUCUGUACGUCAAACCUUCUGUGGACGGCUUCGAUCCACCUGAAAGGAUUCAGAGAGCGCCUCUAGUCAAUCCAGCAGAUAGACCAUCCGAGUAGUCUCAGCACAGUGCACAACAUACAGUUUUGUUAAAGAUAUGUGUCCCAAGUGAAACGGAAUACUGGACAGUGGACUCACAUUAGCUUCGUAUACUAGUUUUCUCAAGUAAACCAUUAUUUGGUGGGAUUUAGUUUUCUUGGUACAUGACUGGGAGAUUUGGUGUGUUUUGCA